CCACCUCCUCCUUACUACUCAAACCAAACCAGAACCAACCAACACCAUGUCCUGCUGUGGCUCUGUCUCCUCCAGCUGCGGCCAGCCCUGCUGCCCACCCAGGUGCUGCCUGCCAGUCUCUUUCCAAACCACUGUGUGCCGCCCAGUGAGCUGCGUGCCCAGGUGCAAUCGCCCUAUCUGUGACACCUGCUGCCGCCCUCCCUGCUGUGACCCCUGCAGUGUGCAGCAGGGCUGCUGCCGCCCCAUCUCCUGCUGCCCCACCUCCUGCACAGCUGUGGUCUGCAGACCCUGCUGCUGGGCUUCCACCAGCUGCCAGCCCAUUUCUGUGCAGUCUCCUUGCUGCCGACCCCCCUGCUGCCAGCCAGCCCCCUGCCGCACCACCUGCCGCUCCACCUGCUGCCCCACCUUCUGCUAAGCCUCACCAGCUACUAACAAAAAGCAACCUUUUUUUUUCCUACAAGUACACCACCACCCUCCACCAUGAGGCACAGCAUGUGGUUUCUUGCGAAGCAGCUCAUCUAUGGAUCAUCUCACAAGAACUAAUCCAAUUAUAGAUGAAAUACUUCUUUUUUUUUCUUUUUUCAAACUAUAACAAAUGUCUGCCAAUUGGAGAUCUGGGUGGAGAGAUUGUGAAAGAAAUCACUAACGUUUUUCAUGAUGUUUAUUGGUGUUGAAUUAGGAAAUCCAUCUUUUUUAAUCAGAACGAAGAGUUCUUCUUCACCCUAAUAGACUUGAUUACUUCAUCAACUGAGUGAUGCUCAUUGACCUGCCCCGCCUAUCCUCAUAACAGCACAUCUCUUAGAUUAUACUGUCUCUCUGUUCUCCAAUAAACUUGUGAUUUCCAGCAUAGAAA